ACAGGAUGGGCUCUGGGAGCACGCUGAAGUUCGCCCUCUGCGAGGUGCUGCAGUUUGCAGGCCUGUGCGUGCCACUCUUCAUCGUCAUGCAGAGGUUUGCUGUGAUCGUAGCAAAGGUCAAAACCUCGGCGCAGCCCCCCGGCGAUGGCAGAACGGCCUACUGGCUGAUCGUGGCCUCUUCCAUCGCCUACGUCACCACCACCGCCCUGCUGGUCUGGGUACCCCUGAAGUAUAUGGUCUUCAUGAAGAAGAAGCUUCUCAUCGGGAGGAAGAAGUGGAGGCCUGUGGCCCUCGUAUACGUGAUCUUGUCCACAUUGCCCUGCUUUGCCUUUCUCAUCGCCAGCUCUGAGGUGCAGAUAAAUAACAACAUGACACAUGAUACAUUCAUAGAGCUCCCAGUGUCACUUGUCCUCUUCUCGCUCAUCUGUAUUGACGUUGUGGAGAGGAUACGCCACUGCAGACUGACCGGCCAGGCUAAUGAGAUUGAAAGAGACACUGAAAUUCCCUCCACGGUCCUGACGCAUGUGGAACAAGUAACACCAGUAACUCCCAUCACGCCAGCUGUGCCUGCGCCAGCUGCGCCUGGGCCAGCUGCGCCGGCGCCAGCUGCACCGGCGCCAGCUGCACCGGCGCCAGCUGCACCGGGGCAAGGAGGGCCCGCACCCCUGCAGCCGGGAGCCGGGAACCAGAACGGAGCAGGAGCUCGACCAGAGACCAACGGGACAGUCCCGGGAAUACCAGGGAACCCUGGCAGGCCAUUCAGCAUUUCUGGACUGAGCUUGCGAUCAGCAAGCACCACAGCAUACCACAUAUCACCAUACGCCUACACGGGCCCUCUCAGGUUCCUGUGUGCCAGCGAUGCCCGGGCAGACGUUUUUGUGGACAGCUUCAUGUUCUGGAUGGACACUGUUGAGAUGAUGAGAGUGGCGGGACAUCCUGCAGUCUUUUUCUCAGGCUGGGUGUUCCCCAUCUACAUCUUCAGCUACGUGUCUUGCCUCCGUGUGGUGGUCAUGCCCCACAGCCCCUUGCUCUCUUCGCUGGGAGUGGCUCUGCAGGACCUACCCUUCUUCUUCGUGCGAGUUGGGCUCAUUGCCUUCUUCGGUUUUGUCACACCCCUCCUCUAUCUGAUGAAGAACCUGUUAGUCUGUCUGGCCUUCGUCUAUUUCAACUUCAUGACCAAGCUGAGGGUCUUCAACACAGAGAGGAUGUUCUUUUGAGAGCAACACCGGCAAAAGUGGAGAGAGACAAACAGGAAUAGUAGCCUGAUGGGAUUCAGACAGUGGUUUGCACCAAUGCUUCAUAUUUAAAGUUAGAAAUAAAAAAGAAGAAAAAACAAUGUAAAAUGGGAUGCACUCAAUCUAGUUGAAGCAUAGGUUUUACUAUGGCUGUCAUGUUAUCUUCUAUGAAGGUAACAUAAUAUGAGGUUUAGAAUUUGUGGUCAAAGAGACAAGGAAGUAAAUCUUUUAAGAAAAACAUCCACAAAAUGAAAUCAACCCUUCUAACCUACUAAAUAUUAAAGGAGCAGAUGAGAUCUUUUCUACCUGAAUGCAAUAAUUGCUCCAGCAGGGUAUGAUGUCACGGUGACGUUCUGUUUACAGAGCUUACACAGUUCUUGAGUUUUAAAGUGGCAAUCUUUUUAGUAAUUCAUUUUGUUAAAAACAUUUCAGAAAGAACUUUACACUCAAAUGGUAGAUAUGAGAAAAAGCUAGUGCAACCAAACUAUGUAUGCAUUAGUAUUUUUUAAUUUUCUUUUUAAAUACAUGUUGGUACUUUUCGCAGGCCAAAAGGGAGUUCUUAGGCAAUGGAAAUUAUGUGUCAAGUCGGUUGUAUUAUGUUUUAUUAACUUCAUGUGCAAACUUACUUUUUUACCCCUUAAAACCCCGCACCCCCACCAAAAAUGGCACUUUGGAAAUGUACCUGUAAUGUCAACUGAGAGUUAAAAUUUUUCUUUUUUUUCUACCAUCACAUGGUGUGGCAAAUAUGUAAACAAAUAAAUCCAUGUUGUUCA